UAUUAUUUAAAAAAGGUACGCCCACGCCCUAGAAACCAAAACAAUCUGUAAAUUUUUAAAGGAUAUAUCACAGGAUAAGCCUUUGAACAACAUGGUAGUGCUGAGUUCCUGCUGGUCGCCUAUCAUCUGGUCGGAUAAUGUCCGGACGGGGAGUUACGCCGUGGCCGCCUAUACGGCUGCCCUAUCCGUCGUAAUGAUCACGAUGAUUUCUUAUAUGCUGGCAGGCGGGGAGUCUGCGCAGCUCUAUUCCCCGCUCUUUGAGACGGAUAUCCGUUCAUCGAUGCCCGUGGCAGGUGGAUUCUUCAUCAUCUACUUCCUGCUGAUCAUCCUGUCCUCCUAUUUGGUCUACUACGGCAUUAAGAUCAGCACUCGGGGAUGGCUACUGCCCUGGUUGGGUCUCAUUGGCCUGGCCAUUCUCUUUCAGUUUUGCUGGAGCCUUUGGCUUAUUGGAGGCUACUAUAUAUAUCUGGAGCAAACCUUCUCGGCCCUUUUAAACUUUGUUUGGGUAGCCUAUAAUAUCUAUUGCUGGCUGGUGGUCUUUUCGCAGUACCAGAUAUUCCUGGAGAUCCAGAAUCCAAACAUUGAGCUGCUUAUGCCAUGAUAGGAGAACCUUCGUACGAAAGCUCGAAUAAUCCAUUAGAAUACUUUUUGACUUGACACGCAUCAAGAACUCCGUCCAAGCGCAUUUUUACAAUAAGAAUUCCGUACAAUUCCACAGAUGCCUACCAAAUAGUUUUAUACAAAUUUAUAUAUUUUACACACAUUUAUACACAAUCAAUUAUACUAAUGUGUAAAUCGAAUGCCUGCUAAACGACAAUUAAACUAAUAGAUUCGUAAAA